UAUGCCAAUAACGUUUUAGAAGAAAUUGCAUGUGAUUUUAUGGUUCUUAUGAUUAUUUGUCGGUUGCUUUCUUACGCUUUGUGCGGUAUCUUCUUAAAGCUACCGUUGUGUCUUUGUUAUGUAUCAUCCCGAACUACAACACAUUUAUCUCCACUUGAUUUGUAUCAGUAUCAUAAUAGGACUACUUCACGAUACCCUAAUAGUAUAUACGCAACGGAAUCGCAGGAUGCUAAUCUAGAUUCUACUGGCAACGACUUGUUUACUGGUCCUCGAAUAGAUACGAAAGGAAAGAUUAUCAACAAAAAGAAGAAAUUGUAUUCAUACGGUUCUCUGAGACAUGUGGAUGAUUUUUUCGAAGGCAAAUAUCACGUUGAAUGGAUAGUUCGCGGUAUAAGUGAGAAGCUACAGUUUAGACGUAGGGACUCGGGGGCACCUCCAUUGCAUACCAGCAGGUUCACUUUCGCUGGUAUUGGUGGCUUCAUGUUACGUCUAUGGUUAGAUGGAUUGCCAAGUUCUAAGCCUGGAGACAUUGCGUUGUCUCUUCUACAAAAAGAGCAUUGGACUUCUUUGGACAGUCCUCUAACAUUUUCAGUUGGGAAAGUUACUCGUGGACCAUUUUUCUUUCGAUCAAGUCCCUAUUUCGCAGCAUUAAAAUCUUUCUGUGCACUAAAUGAAGUUUUGGAGGACAACGAGUUACACAUUCGGGUUAGCCUUGCCACUAGAAACUGACAUUGGCUUC